AGGCUCAGAUCGCCCCCGGUGCCAAACUCAUGCGGAGAAAGCUGGGGGAGGGUGUGGAGACACGGAGAAGGCCACGAGUGCAGCAACUCACCGACAAGUUCUGACAGUUUGGUCCGCUCGGCGGAACCUUGGAACGCGGAAGGAAAUAGCGAGUGCUAAGACCCUGUAAUAUCAGUGCAUGCGAAUACAAGGCCGUCGCAUGUUCAUCAGGAGACGUCCAAUUCUGCCGUUGAUACGUAAGAACUGAUUCAUUCCCCAGCCAUCAUGGACCCCAAGCUCUUCGAAUCCAACGUCUACGCCGUGACGGGCGGCGCGGUGGGCAUUGGAUUUGCUGUGGUCGCGCAAUUGAUCAAUUAUGGUGCAUAUGUUUAUGCGUUGGAUCUAGGCGCAGAGCAGAGCAAAGAGCUAUCUGGUCUCCCUCAAGAGCGGCUUGGGUACAUACAAUGCGACGUGGUCGACCGCAAGCAAUGCGCCGCUGCCGUCGCUACUAUUGUCGCAAAGCACGACCGGCUGGAUGGGCUAGUCAACAACGCGGGGAUAUGUCUGCUGGAGGGCGAGGCACCGCCUGAUGAUCUGUUCGAGAAGGUCUACGCUGUCAAUGUUACGGGCAGCUGGAACAUGGCCUUCGAGGCCUUCCCGCAGAUGAAGAAGCAAGGCUCUGGUGCGGUGGUGAACAUUGGGAGUACGUCGUCGUUGGUGGGAGUUCCACGGAUACCGGCGUACACGUCCUCGAAGCAUGCAGUCGCAGGUUUGACCAAGACUUGGGCGCUGGACCAUGCGAAGUACGGCAUCAGGGUGAAUCUUGUUGGCCCAGGACCUACUGAUACUCAAAUGUCUCGAAGCCCACUACAAACAGUCAUGGGACCACGGUUCGGAGGAAACAAGACGGACGACGAGCUAUUAGACUUGGUGGCGAAGACAGUUCCUCUUCAACGGAUUGGAAAGCCCGAUGACAUUGCAAACCCCAUUCUCUUCUUGCUGAGCGACCUAUCAAGCUUCAUUACAGGCCAGUGCUUGAUGGCGAGCGGGGGUUCAUAGAGAUGAUAAUCGACUAGGAGAAUACAGUAUCUUGUUGGAAGCGUGAACACUGCUGUGCCGCUACUCGAGGGGCUCCAGCAGAUUCCAGAAUCUAGAUGACAUGUCAGGGUUUCCAACUGCAGAACGUAGAUACGACGUUGGAUGCUCCGGACUGGCACUUCAAAAAGACGCACCGAGAAUGCAGCAUGGGAU